GGCACACCUGAGAGGAACGAGCACCAUUGAGACACGACCAUCGCUGUCUCUUUCUUUCAUUUCUGCUAAUUUCAAGUCUUCAGCCUCACAGAUAUGUCGAUGCUUUGUCGAAAUUGUAAUGUAAAAUGCUCUAAUUUACAUUACACGCGAUGAACGUCACAUGGGGUUUGUUGGCGGUUUUGGGUCUGGUGUGUCACUCCGAGUCGAGGUGUUCACCGACCUCUUACUAUAAGAACUGCUGGAUUAGACGCUUCCCGGGGAUUUUCAUCGACGUUGAGGAGUCUCAGAGGAGAGGAGCUCAGCUGUUGAAGUCCUACCAGGAGGAGACUGCACUCAAAUGCAGCCGCACCUGCUGCCUCACCAGAAACUGUGAGUCAAUCAGCGCCAUACAAUUCUGAACCAAGAGGCAUCCAUGCCAAAUAACAAUCCCACCAAACAUGUAUCAUAAGAGUUAUCAUCUCUCCUCUCUUAGUCUCCUGUAACCUGGCCAUAUUUCACUAUGACACCACUAAAGAAAACGACAACUGUUUCCACCUGCACUGUCCAACACUGGAGAGCUGCAUCCUGAGCCACAGAGGAAACGUGGUUCUCUACAACAUCACAAAGGGUAAGUCAAAUCAAGUCUACAGAAAGGAACACUAAUUCACAAGUAUGUUGUAAAGGCAAAGUGCACUCCUUAAAGAAGACUCCAAUACAUUUUCACAAAAAUAAAAAAAAUAUAAAUAGCUGUUAUGACCUCAAAGUCAUUGAAACUACUAAAGUGAGCACUUCAGAGAGAUGGGCUUUGUUGAGCAUUUUCUCUUCGAUAAGAUACAUACAGAGGCUGAAAAUUUUACAAAUACAACUCAAGAUCGGCCCAUAAAAUAUUUCUCAUCAACAACUAAAACAACGUUUGUAUUAGGGCUGGGCGAUAUGGGAAAAAGUUUAUCAAGAUAAUUUUUUUUCAUAUCAGUCGAUAGUGAUAUAUAUCACAAUAUAAAAAAUGAAAUUUAACAGUGCUUAUUGGUAGCAUGUCUUUUGCAAUACAAGCAAUUGCAUCUCUGAGGUCUUUGUCUCUAGCGUUUUGUCGUAAGGCAUUGCACUAGAGAAAGCGGACUGAAUGGUCAGCUGUUUCGGCUGCACAGGCACCAUGGGCUCCUUACUCCACUCGGGGUUUAUAACUUUUUCAUAAUUCAUAAUUGUCAAAACAAAAAAAAACCCUCACAGGAGCUUUAAUGUUCUGAUACAUUCUGAAAUCUUGAGCUUAAUUCAGUGUAUUUAAGAACGGACACAGUACAGAUACAUGUUUGCUACAAAAAGGGGAUUAGGGCCACAGGAAGAGAAAAAAAAAUAAUUACAGGAUGGAGAUUGUUUGAGAUGAGAUGAGAUUCAAUUUAUUGUCAAUGUACAGUACAAGUACAGUACAGCGAAAAGUAUUUACGCAUCUCACCAGAGUGCAGAGUAAACAUGUCAGUGCUAGAAAUUGAAUAAAUAAUUAUGUGUAUUAUAGCGAUAAAGAAUAAAUAAAUGCAUUCAAUACUGUCAGAUUAAUAUUGCACGUAGCCCAUACUGCACAGAAGUGCUUAACUUCCAUUUUGACAUUUGAAGUCGAAAUUUUGAGAUUAAAGUUGAAAUUUAAAAAAGUCAAAAUUUCGACUUAAUUUUUUACUUUAUUCAUCUCAAAAUUUCAGAUGACUUUAAUCUCAAAAUUUAAAUUUUUUUAGUCUCGAAAUUCCAACUUAAUUGACAUAAUUUCAAUUUUUUAAAUGUCAAAAUUUCGACUUUAAUCUCCUUCCUGUAAUUUUUUUUUUCUCUGCAUAUGGCAGAGAAAAAGAUGCACUGAAGGAAACUGUUCGCAUGUAUCUGCGAAAAAAAUUCCACAAUAUUUAUGUUUCCUUGAUGCGUCUAAAGCAUUCAAUAGAGUUAAUGAUGGUGAAUUAUUUAUGAAACAGAGGAGUUCCCUCUUAUCUGGUACGAAUAUUGCAUUUUUGGUACAGACAUCAAACCAUGAAUGCUCGAUGGAGCAAGAGUAUGUCAGCACCCUUCUUUGUGUCAAACGGUGUUAGACAAGGUGGAAUCCUGUCACCUCACCUGUUCAGCGUGUAUAUGGAUGCUGUCUCUGAGCAGCUGAAAACUUGUCCGGCUAGGUGCAACAACCUCUUAGAAUUUUCUCUCGUUAUGGUUUUCAAUAUGACAUUAAGUUGAUUAGCAGAAAGAGUGUCAUCAUGAUAGUAAAAGCAAAAGAUGAUCAAAAGUUGCUUUUUCCUUCCUUUUGGGGCACGUUUUCAGAGAUGACCUCAGUGACGAUGAUGAUGUGCAGAGGCAGUACCGCAAUUUAUAUGCUCAAGCUAAUCUGCUGGCGAUAAAAUUUCAUAUGUGUUCAGACAAUGUUAAAACAGAGCUUUUCUAUACUGCUCCUUUAUGGUGUAAUUAUCGUAAAGCUAAAAUUAGAAAGCUACAGGAGGCAUAUAAUGAUGCGUACAGAAUAUUUCUCAAAGUACCAAGAUGGACGAGUGCAUGUCAUAUGUUUCUUAUUAAUAAUGUUCCCACAUUUCAUGCUGUACUGAGAAAUUCUAUGUACAAGUUCAUGUGUCGUCUUACCGAGUCCCUUGCUCAUCCCACAUUCAGAGACACAAAAUAUUUGUCUUGCUUCUGGAAGCACUGGAACAAAUGUCUCUUUUUUUGUAUCUUUUUGUGUUGUUUUGUUGUUUGUAUAUGGAUUAACAGGGACUGAAAUAAAGUUUUACAUUACAUUACGUUAUUUGCCUUUAGUCAUGAAUUCAUUAAGUCAUUAUAGAAGUCCUUUUGCUUUCUCAGGUGUGGAUCCGGACCUGUUGGUGUUUGGAAAAUACUUCACCUCCAAUGUUCGAGUGCUGCCCCACCACUACAGCCGAGUGAAUGCCUCGGAGCUGCUGUCCUCAGACAAGCGACAUUUCAUCCAUCCACCUCCACCUGCUGCUCUACCGCUAACCUCUGCACCAACAGUCAAACCCCCUACAACAGAAAGAAGAGCCUUCACCACCACCACCACCACCAGAACCACCAUCUCCACCACCACUCUGCAGACCACCGGUCAGCCAACAACAGUUCCUAAUUCUACCACCUUACUUUCAUUUUCAAAGACCCUCCUAGAUUCAAGGGUUCAAACAACAACCAUCUCCAUCUCUCCUGCCCCCAGCUUUUCUACGCCUCCUCCAUCCACCAGAGCAUCUUCACUCAGCCCACACAACCCUAAAACCACUCCUGUGUUUUCCACCACAGCUUCACCACAGCCCUCCUCGCCCCCUACCCUUCUUCACAGCACCUCCCCCUCUCAGAUACCCACAACAGCUCUUAUGGGAAGUAUCGAAAUCAGCAAGCAGAACCCAAACGACACAAAAGGCAGUCUAGGGAGGAACCACACUGCAGGCGGUGAGGAAGGACACAGCGUCAGCGGAGAGGACACCCAAGAGGAUUUUGUGCCUGGGUGGCAUGUCGGCACUCACACCCUGCUGGUCGCUGUGGUGGUCUGCGUAACGAUCCUGCUGAGCUGCUGCUGCUCUUUUCUGCUGGUGGUCAGCUGGAGGGGUCAGAGGAAGAGGAUGGGGCGAUAUCGGACGUCAUGGAGAGGGAAAAGAGGCUCCAUGCGUCUGAUAAAGUAUGUGCUGGUCAGAGAAAACACCUGA